GGGAAAUUUCAAUUUUUGACCCUAAUAAUACAACCUAUAUCAAAAUUUAUACCCCUUUAUAAUUUGUACAAAUUUAUUCCUAUAAUUUUAAAAGUUUCCUAAAAUACCCCCUAAAUUAAAAAUUCCCUCUCUCAGACGUUCCCUCUCUCUUUCUGACGCUCCCUCUCUCUCUCGCUCUUCACGAUCACGAACCCCCCCCACAUUUCCCUCUCUCAGACGUUCCCUCUCUCUCUCAUUCUCUCUGUUUUCCUCACGAGCACGAACCACAACCCACAAGCCCUCACGAACCCACAACCCGCUCCCACACUCACGAACCCACAAACCAGACUUCCCCUCUCUCUCUCUCUCUCUCUCUGUUCUCCUCACGAGCACGAACCCACAACCCCUCACGAACCACGACGAGGACGAUCCAGGACCACGACGACGACGAAGCACUGAACUUCACUGAAGUGAACCAUUGAACCACGAAAAGGUAAGUUUUUUUCUGUUUAAAUUUUAGAAAUUUCAAUGCGAAUUUGUGUAUGUGCUUCAGAUUUUGUGUGUUUUAGAUUGUAUAUGCGAAUUUAGAUGUCAAUAGUUGCAUGUUGUAUGUGUUGGAUAUGUUUCAAUGGUGUUUUCUGUGUUUUUACUUAGUUGUCGAUGAAAUGUCGAUAGGAUGUCGAUAUGUGUAGGUAUCUGGUGCUUGAACAUUGUUGUCGACAGGUUAUCGACGUAAUGUCGACUACUUGUCGAUGGUUUUACCAUUGUUUUGAUGUUGUGUAGUUUUGCCCUAGAAUGUCGACAAUUUGUCGACUGUAUGUCGAUAGUUUUGUCGAUAAUAAGUUGCAGUUCAUUCUUUUGCAAGUUUACUGUUAGGAUGUCGACAAUUUGUCAACUGUAUGUCGACAGUUUGUCGAUUAUAAGUCCCAGUUCAUUUUGUUGGUAUAAUGUCGACGAUUUGUCGACUGUAUGUCGAUAACUUGUCGAUGUUGGUAGUUUGUCAAUGCUCUUAUGGUAAUGUCGAUAGAAUGUCGAUUGUAUGUCGACUGUUUAUCGACCAGUUAUGAAUGUUUGUUAAUGUCGACAGAAUGUCGACAUGAUGUCGAUGUUAUGUCGACAUUUCUUAACUUUUUUGACAUUUAAAUUUGUUUGGUUUUUGUUUUUUCAGAUGGCUCCCAGACUCAUUAUUCCAGCACCCGAGCAUUUCACUGGCCGCGUCACAUAUAGGGGCACUGGAAUUUUUGCCAAAAUUAAAGCUCGGUUUGAGGAGUUCAACCUUAACAACACGGCGAAGGAAAGCCGUUUCGGGAGCUUCUGGAAUGCCGUACCACUGACAUUCUCCUCGGUGUUAUUUCACUGUACCGAUGCUCCACAAAAUGAAAGUGGAUGCUCAGGAGGAGUUGAGGAUGAGGUUUUAUGUUGGUCGGAAGGAGGUCCGAUUCGGGGUGCUGGAGUUUGCACUCAUUACGGGUUUGGACUUCUCCUCGGGGCCAACAGAAGAGGAGAAGGCUGCGCAGGUCGCGCGCUCGGGGUCAGACCGACUGAUCAACAAAUAUUUCAACCGGUCUGAUAGUGUGAAGACAGAAGCACUCCAACUUCAGUUCACAAACUGCCAGAACCCGGAAGACUUGUACAAGCUCGGCUUGUGCUUGUUUGUGGAGUCAGUGCUUCUGGGCCGCGAGGCCAACGCGCUGAUCACGCCUCACAUCAUUAGAUAUGUGGAAGACCUCGAGUUCUUCUUCCGGAUUCCUUGGGGGAAGCACUCAUUCGCCAGACUCAUGCACUCGCUUCAGAAAGACAUGUUGAAACAGAAGGCCAACUACGAGAAGAAGCUGAGUUCGGAUGUUCAGCACGAGUGCAAAUACACAGCAUAUGGCUUCGCACCUGCAGUCCAAUAUUGGGCGUACGAGGCCAUUUUGGAGGUUGGCAAGAGGUAUGGCACGAACCACGGGAUUCGGUUCCCCAGGAUGCUUAGCUGGACGAGCAAAGGCGAUAUUGGGAAGAAAGACGUCAGCGCAUUAUUUUCUAGACGGAAUCUGGAAGUGGUGAAGGGGCUCCUUCCACGGACAGAGGAGGAGGCAUUUGUGAGGACAAUUUCUUACGAUGGUGUGGAGAACCUGGUUGAUGAUGCUGUGGAUGACACAGAGGCUGAGGCAGGUAGUCAGGUACCAGAGACUCAGGUCCCAGACACUCAGGAAAGAGACACUCAGGCCACUGGUUCAGAACCUCAGCCCAGUGCACCAUCUUCAUCAGGCGUUCGGGGUGCCGAGUACACUGAUUUAGUGGCUCGGUUGGAUAGGAUCGAGGCUGACACUCAGGGUCUGUAUGCUGCUCAGGCCGAGCUGAAGAAGGCAUACGAGACCAGCCAUGUAGAGCUGAAGGGUGGUCAGAACGUAAUUAUGGAGCAGCUCAGACACAUAUUGGCCAUGUUGAAUCGUCCGCCAACGACAGCUUCAGCACCGGAGGCCCCAAAGAGAUCCAUCUACCCCACCACCAGCUGCUUCACCCCCAGUAGAAGAGGAUGAGGUC